UCUAUCUUUCCUGUCGUUGGAUGGCUUUGGCUGGCUGACUGUGAAGUGAGGAUACACAGUAAUGGCUUCUUCUUCUGUGAUGCUAACACACAGUGCCACCACAAUCCUUCCUUCCGAGGCACCUUCUCUAUGCUUCAAACCCAACCCAAUUUCCUCCUGUUCGAGUUGCUUUUCUGUCUUCCCGUUAGUGUUGCAUAGCAGAGGAAGAAAGUCUUGUAAUUGGGUUCAAGUUACUUCGUGGAGAGAAGCUAAAUUUGAGUCUUCUAUUUUCGUUGCGGCAGCCCUUGCUGCCGAAGCAGAGGUAGCUGAAGAUGUCACGCAAGAGGCUGUGGAAGGCAGCGCUGCUGCUGCCGCGUCUCCUACGAAGCCUAAAAAGGGGAAAGCGGCAUUGCCACUGAAGAGAGACAGAACAAGGUCUAAGAGGUUCUUGGAAAUUCAAAAGUUGAGGGAAAACAAGAAAGAGUAUGAUUUACCCACUGCCAUAUCUCUGCUGAAGCAAAUGGCAAGCACAAAGUUUGUAGAGACGGUGGAAGUUCAUUUUCGUCUGAACAUAGACCCUAAAUAUAAUGACCAACAGCUGAGGGCUACAGUGAAUUUGCCUAAGGGAACUGGUCAGACUGUUAGAGUAGCUGUGCUUACCCAAGGUGAAAAGGUAGAUGAAGCAAAAAAUGCAGGAGCUGAUUUGGUUGGUGGAGAAGAUCUGAUAGAACAGAUAAAAGGUGGAUUCAUGGAUUUUGAUAAAUUGAUUGCUUCUCCAGAUAUGAUGCCCAAGGUUGCCAGUCUAGGAAAGAUUUUAGGGCCACGAGGACUCAUGCCAAAUCCAAAAGCUGGUACUGUUGCAACUGAUAUACCUCAGGCUAUAAGUGAAUUCAAGAAAGGGAAGGUUGAAUACAGGGCAGAUAAAACUGGGAUUGUUCACAUACCUUUCGGGAAGGCAAACUUUUCUGAGGAAGAUCUUCUUGUAAACUUGAUGGCAGCAGUAAGAUCAGUAGAAACAAACAAGCCAUCGGGUGCAAAGGGAGUAUACUGGAAAAGUGCUCAUAUAUGUUCAUCAAUGGGCCCUUCCAUUCGAUUGAAUAUAAGGGAGAUGCUUGAUUACAAGCCUCCAUCAAAUGUCUAAAGAAUUCAACUGCACCUGUAUAGUAUGUCUUCUAAAUGUGUUAAUUUUCCUUGUUGAUACCAGUGUUAAGCAUGCUCACGAUUCAGAAAUUGGUAAGACAGAAACCAGGUCGAAGAAGAGAGGGAGACAUCAAGAGCUAUCUUCAAGUCCAAAUUUUGCUGCAUUGAGCCUGCAUACUACACUGCUCAAGCAAGAUUUUCUAUAAAUAUGAAUUCCAUUUUUCAAACUCAUUAGGGACUAAACAUGUAAUCUCGGUCAAGGAUCUCUAUAACCAAGUUUCUCUUCCCAGUUAGACUUUAGGUUGGGACUGGGAUAACAAACAAGAGAGAGCAUUUAAAGAGUGUUUUGAUCAAGUACAUACAUUAUUGGAACCCUAUUUUUUUAUUGAAUUAGACUUGGGAAACUACUCUGACAUUUGAAAGUUGAGAAUAACAAUUUCUUGGAUGUUCCGCUUUGUUUUGUUCA